AUGGCAGCAAUUAUCCUAAAGCCAGAAGACAAUCAAUGUCACUAUCGCAUGUGUAUGUGUGCUUUGGUUUCUUUGGGCUGUUUCCAUCUGAGGAAGUUCGAGCUGUUCUACAAGCCCGAUGGCACGGUGGAUUUGUGGGAUGAGGACACUUACGAUGCUUUCAUGGAUGCGCCUUGGCAUGCGUCCUUUCGGAAGCUUUUGGUGGAUGCCGAGAUUUAUGAUGCUGCGCUGAGAGAAAAGUUGAAGAACGUAAAGCAGGAGCUCCGGGACGCCGUGACAGAUGGUGCAUCGACUUUGGGCUUGGACGAAGGAGAGGACGCUCAAGCUCCCCGAGCUAAGCCCGUGGAGGGCGACGUGGGCGACACUCAAGUAGAGCAGGCAGAGACGACAUGGACGACGGGCUGGAGCNNUGAGCUUGAACAGCUCAUAGAGGAGGAGUUUGCUUUGGAGAAGCAAGUGGAAGAAAAACGGGCCCACGCGGGUGAGGCUGCUAACGCGGCUGUUAAGGCGGCCUUGGAGAAGCUGGAGCAGGAGAAGCAGCGUGGCAAGAGGCACGUGGAUGACGUAUCCACACAGCAGGGCGGUGAAACCGCUACGGAGCCUGAGACCUCCCCGAAGAAGCCUCGCUCAGACGGGGGCUCCGAGCUCGCGGAAAGCUCGGAGGACAGGGAGCUGCUUGCUCGACGUGCAGAGCUUCAGCGCUUGAAGGAGGAAAGCGAGCGGUUAGAGCGCCUUGUAGAAGAGAAGCGCGCAGAGCUUUUGCUACAGGACUACGAGCGGAAGCAACGUGAGGAGACAGAGCGGAAAGCUCGCUUGGAGGCUCGUGAGGAGGCAGACCGCUUGGCUCGCUUGGAGGCAGAGGCUCGCGAGGCUCGCCGUGCUCGUGAGGAAGCUUCCUUCCAGGCACGCGCUGCUGAGGAGAGAGUCCACUCGGCUGCGGAGUUGGAGCUGCUGCGCCGCAAGGACUUCGCGGUGAAGCUAGCGGAGGAGAAGCAAAAGGCUCGCGAGGAGACUUUGAAGUUGCUCGAGGACCGCAAGGCUCGGGUGCGGCAGCUGAAGCUUGAGCUGGAAAGCGAGGCGAGCACCGGCAGUACUGCAGCCCCGCCGUCGGAGAGACCUUCCGCUUUGAAGCGCUCCAGCGCUUUCCUGGAGCCAGACCGUCCCACUCAAAGCCCUGCUGCCCCGGUGACACCUGCUCAGGCUGUUGAGCCGGCUUCUGCGGCUGCCCCGCGUGCCCCUUCGGAGACUUCUUCCGGCUUUGCUGCUGGCAGUGCCAGUGGCGAGAAGCGCACCUGGGACCAGGCAACUGCAGAAGAAUGGGCGAAUCUGACGCAAAGUGUCCGUGCGGUGAGAAAAGAGCUCUUGAAAAAAUGGUGGGAGAACCCGAACGUCGCGGCCGUCACUACCGAAAUCGUGCUCGCCGAGCAGCACGUGGAGCCUGCUGCUCAGAAGACCACCCACCUGACGGAUUUCUUGACCGCCGAGGGGGUCGUAGCCUUCUACCACAACAAUGCUGACAAAGCCCGCGAUGCGAUUGCUGAGGCCCUCGUGGAGGGCCGGUGGAAACAAGAUCCGAAUCUCAAGAAGAAUCCGGAGGCAAAGCUUUUCCGGUUGGUGGUCCAGGACAGGCUGGAGGAAUCCCACCAGAAACUGGAGGAGCUCCGUGCUAAGGUUGUUCCGUUGGCGGCGGACAGGACCGGCCAGGCCUACCUUCCUUUGCAGUCCACGAGCUCCGCGACGCCUGCUGCAGCGACACCGACGCCAACAGAACACUCGACGCCAGCUCCCUCGACGCCAGCUCCAGUUCAGACUGAGGCUGCUCAGCAGGGCCAGACCCCUGGAGGCGAGGCGGCAGGGGCUGCGCCUAAGGGCAAGGCAAAGGCAAAGGCGGGUGCUAAGAAGAAGGCCGAGAAUCCCAAGGCAGUCUUCGACGUGCGCAAGGCUAAGGCGUCCAGCCUUAACCAAGCCUUCCCACUGGUCGACCGGACGGCUACCAAAGACUUGCUUGGCACCGUGAUGCUCCAGAAAGCCGGCCAGAUGGCCAAGAUCUCCCUGAUGCUCCACGGCCACGAUGCUUCCGCCAAGGCCAUGGCCGACUUGUGCGAGGACCUGAAGAAGAUCGAUGACUCCCACUCUGAGGAGGUUUGGGUGGAGGCGAUGAAGGACAUCACACGUGCCUACUUCAACUAUGUAUCCAAGGAGGAGCGCCGCAGUUCGUUUCGUGUGUUUCUGCAAGUGAGAGUUUGCCCAGGGCUGCUGCCGAUCUGUGAAGAAGCAGGAAAACGAGGGCGUGGCCUGAGCUAUGCUUUUAUAGCUCUGGAGGGCGUGCUACUGCUCCGAGUGAAGAUGGUUCAGAGAGGCGUCUUUGUCUGCAAAUUGCAUGGUUUCACGCUGAGGUGUUUUGCAGUGCAAGAUUUUUUCACGCUCACGUGUUUUGCAGUGCUCGGCAUGAGCCAUGUUCCUCUUCGCAGCCUCGAGUACCUCGACUGGGGAAGAACACAGCUGCCGUCAGAGCUGACCAAGCUGGACGAGGGUUAUUCUUCAUUGGAUCACAUGCUGUCGACACCGAUGGCCGAUGUCAUGCUGAAGUCAUUGAGGAAGAAAGGCGCUGACGUGAGGUUCAUGUGCAACGAGGUGUGCUCAGCUGCUGUUGCCGAAGGAUCGAUGAAUUAUCAGACAAGGCUUUUGGCUUCGAUCAAGGAUGAACGCGUUUUCCACAGCAAGCUCCGAGCUGAGCUGCCUCACGUGACAAAACUGAAGCUCCCGAUCAUUGUGAAGAAACGCAGUGUCAGCAGGGAUUUCAGCUUCGUUCUCCCCAGCGCCUGGUUCCGAUGGCUUGAGACGCGGCCGCUUGUGGAUCUGAUUCAGGAAUCACCUUCGUUGCGGGAGGUUCUCUCCGCCGCAGGACCUGAGGAUGUGUUUCUACGCAUCCAUGGCGACGAGGGGCCUUACUUCAAGAACAGGACGGUGAAGAUCGAUGGGCAAGAACGACGAGUCCAUUUCUUUGGGAUGAAGGGCGACCUUAAAUGGCUGGCCCACGUGUUCAAGUUUCCCCGCCAUUGGAAAGGCAACGGUGUUGCCCGAGGCAACAGGCUUGCAAGUACGAGCGACCCGAACGAUGGCAGAACGUUUCUGAGAUAUGGGUCGACCCACUACCUCAACGAUUUUGACGACUCAGGCUGGCAUGGUUCGGAGGAAAGCUUGCAGGACCUCAUGAACCAAGCAUCGUGGGCAGGGCACACAAAAGAUAUUAAUAGUGGCUUAGAUGUGUCAUUGCUUUCUGCGCGAACCGGACGGUGUUUUGCAAUCGAGGAGUUCAUGGCGACCAUGGGAAACUUGGAUUUCCCGUCGCCGAUCAUCCGCUUGCCAGGGUUCAGCAACCGCCUGAUAUGGGACGAUUCUUUGCACGUGGCAUACAGGGGCUUUGCUGCGGACCUCUGCGGCAGCAUGGUUGUCGACAUGUUCGGAAAGCAGGGCAACCAGCUCUUGCGAGCCACAGAAAUGUUGCACAGCUGGGCAAGAGCCAAUGGCCAUUCGCUUUCGAUGGACGAAUUCUCAUUCAGUGAGGAUUAUCCAAGUUUGAAUGCCAAAGGCUGGGACAUCAAACUCGUGUGCAUGUGGUUGGCAUUCUGGUAG